AUGGUGGAGACGUCAACGCCCACGUCGACCCCAUCGUGCUGUUGGCGGAGAUGGUGGGCCUCAUUGUGCGCCGCCAACCACCACCACCACCGCCGCCGCUGGAUCCCCUUCCCCGCCACUUUCUUUUCCAUUCGUAAGACCCUCCUGACCUCUGUCUGUCUGGCGCUCUUCUUCACCGCCUUCUAUUGGCAGAAGGAAGCCACCGCCGGCGGAUUGUCGAUUUUCCGGCGGGAUUUUUCGUCUCGGCAGUUCCCGAAGCUGAGGCCUGCCGCUUUUAACUUGACGGACUUCGGAGGGGUGGGUGAUGGGGUAACCCUCAAUACGGCCGCGUUCGAGCGGGCGGUGGCGGCGAUUUCUAAGCUCGGGAAAAAGGGUGGCGGCCAGCUCAAUGUGCCGCCCGGAAAUUGGCUUACGGCCCCGUUUAAUCUGACUAGUCACAUGACUCUCUUCCUCGCUGAGGGUGCUGUUAUUCUCGGCAUCAAUGAUGAGAAGUACUGGCCACUCAUGCCUCCAUUGCCUUCUUACGGAUAUGGGAGAGAGCAUCCUGGUCCACGAUAUGGAAGUUUAAUCCAUGGCCAAUAUCUCAAAGAUGUUGUAAUUACAGGGCAUAAUGGCACCAUUAAUGGACAGGGUCAAAUAUGGUGGAGGAAGUAUAAACAGAAGCUUCUUAACCACACAAGGGGACCACUUGUGCAGAUCAUGUGGUCCUCUGACAUCGUGAUAUCUAACCUAACUUUACGUGAUUCCCCGUUUUGGACCCUUCACCCGUACGACUGUAGGAACGUAAGGCUAAAGAAUUUAACCAUCCUUGCACCUGUUUAUCAAGCUCCAAAUACAGAUGGCAUAGAUCCUGAUUCAUGUCAGGAUAUGGUUAUCGAGGACUGCUACAUAAGCGUUGGGGACGAUUGUGUCGCGAUCAAGAGCGGCUGGGACCAAUACGGCACCGCCUACGGACGCCCCUCCAAGAAUAUUAUUCUCAGAAACCUUGUCGUCCGUUCUAACGUCAGUGCUGGCAUAUCAAUCGGCAGCGAGAUGUCGGGAGGUGUGUCAAAUGUCACGAUCGAGAACAUUCACGUGUGGAGCUCGAGGCGCGCAGUCCGGAUCAAGACGGCCUCUGGAAGAGGCGGAUAUGUCCGGGACAUCAGGUAUCGGAACCUGACAUUUGAUAAUGUUCGGGUGGGCAUUGUGAUAAAGACGGACUACAACGAGCACCCGGACGGGGGCUAUGAUCCUCGGGCCUUCCCGGUGCUGGCCAACAUCAGCUACGAGACGGUGCAUGGUGAGGGGGUCCGUGUGCCCGUUCGCAUUCAGGGGAGCGAGGAGAUACCCGUGACCAACGUCACUUUCCGAGACAUGUCGGUUGGUGUAACAGAUAAAAGGAAGAACGUAUUCCAGUGUGGUUACGUGCAGGGCCAAGUGGUAGGGACCAUUUAUCCUGCUCCGUGCGAGAAUCUUGAUUUGUAUGACGAGCAGGGGAGUCUGGUGAGGCGGUCGUUGUCGUGGAAUAGCUCGGAUAUUGAUUACGAUGUUUGA